GGUGCGCACGCUCCGAAAAUGCGCUCCAGAAACGGUGCCUGCUGCGACAUUCGCGACGUCGUCGUGCGUAACAACACGCGCGGCAUCGGGCCCGGUAUAUACGUGUGUCUUACGGCGGUUCGAGGAUCUACGCGCGGAGGAAAGGAACGGACGGAAAGCUCGAAGGCGCUUGGCGACGAUGGCCGCGCCGUCGUGGAGAUGACCGAGCCCGGUCGCCGGCGUGUCGCGUCCAACGUCGAAAGAUGUGACUGCCCGGACGGCGGGGCGUCAUCGCGGCGACGCUGCGGUCCUUCCUUCCUUCCUACCCUCGCCAUUCGGCGCGCGCGAAGAGGCGGCCGGUGAAAAGUUCAAGUCGCGUGAACGCACACGCCGGACCGGACGAGUGAGAACGAUGGCGGUCGCGGCCAAUUCGUUCGACGCCUGGCUCAGCAGGAAGCUGCAGGCGCUCAAAACGGACGAGGGUGUCUUCGGCACGUACAUCAGGGGUAUCCUCGAGGGCGACGAGUCCGAGGACGAGAAGACCGAGGCGCUCGAGAGCAUCCUCGCGGGCGUGACGGAGGAUGAUAUUAGCAGUCAUGUAGCAGAAAUCUUAAGCGCGUGGGCAGAGUGGCAGCCAGCUGCGGAAGUGGCCGGGGCGCCUGCACCGACGGAAGACGUCGAUGUCAGACUGGCAAAGAUGCUGGAGUCGCAGAGUCUACCCACGACGACGCAGAGGAGCUACACGGAGGAGGAGAAACGAAUACGGGAGGCUAUACUAGCGCAAUACAGUCAAAUGUCUGACGAAGACAAUAGCGAGGGAGACAAGGAAGAGGAUGGAGCAAACGGCGGAGACUGUGGAAUCGAAAAGAACUUGAACGCAGCUACUAUCGUACAGCAGGAGAGAGAAAAGAGAGAAAAAGCCAAGCUGGAGAGCCAGAAGAAGAAGGAGAAGGACAAGGAAGACAGAGAGAAGCAAAAGCAAUUGAAGGAAGAGAAAAAAGAGAAAAGAAAAACCCAAAAGGGAGAGAGGCGGAGGUAGCAUCGAAACAAAAGCGUUGGAAGAUUUACUUCGAGAUUAUUGACUACAUUAUAUGCUGUGGUAUUCAUAUAUAUAUCUAUCUAUAUUGUCGUGCAUGCAACGAUCUCCGACAGUUAUUUAAAAUCAGUCAUCGAUCUUAUAUUUUCAUUAGAAGAAUAUGUGUGUGUAGCAUCCAUCUGUCGUUAGAAGGCGAAUUCACAGAUUCAGUACGAAUGCAUACGUCGCCAAGAAGUACAUACAUAUAAUGUUAAAUCAUCCUGUGCCUUCUGUCUCUCUAAAACUGUCAUUUUCCAAAGAGGUUCGUUACUUACUCAUCCUUUUUUUCAUUUUUUAUACACUCCUAGCGUUCUUCGUAGUCUGUAUUCAGAACUCGCAUCUAUUUUCACUAAUUAAAAUUAGCAGCGAAAUAAUUUAUCGUUUUAAAUUUAAAUAAUGGUUCUGAAUAUCGACAGACCUUUUUGCUCAUCCGGUCUGCUUAUUGCGUUGUAUCUCAUACAAGUGAUGUAUUUAAUACGAGUAUGUUAAAUAAACUAUUUAAAUCACUGAUA